UCAGGCGAUGACGGAAACCCAGAGGGAGGGGAGAGAAAGAGCGAGAGAAGGGGCGAGAGAGCCGGGAGAGGCCGGCGCGCGGGAGGCGGCGGCGGUGGGUGGUUAGCGUCCGGCAGGUGCUGCGCCGAAGACCCGCGCCGCACCGCCGCCAACCUCUCCGCGCCCUUCACCGACUCCCAGGGCGCGCAGCCGGGCGGGCGAGGGUCUUCUGGAGGCCGCGCGCCGGGAGCCGCCCGCUGGCCUUGGGCGGGGCGAGGGGCCCGCAGCCGCGCUCCCCCGCUCCCUCCUCUCCCGCUGGGAGCUGGCGGCCGCGGCGGCGGCGGGAGAGGGGAGCGGCGCCCGGGGCGGGGGUGGGAAGGGGCGGGGAGGGGGGAGGGAGGCGGCGGGCAAGGGGAUCGGGCCGCCAUGGACGACAAGGCGUUCACCAAGGAGCUGGACCAGUGGGUCGAGCAGCUGAACGAGUGUAAACAGCUUAACGAGAACCAAGUGCGGACGCUGUGCGAAAAGGCUAAGGAAAUUUUAACAAAAGAAUCAAAUGUGCAAGAGGUUCGUUGUCCUGUUACCGUGUGUGGAGAUGUGCAUGGUCAAUUCCAUGAUCUUAUGGAACUCUUUAGAAUUGGUGGAAAAUCACCAGAUACAAACUAUCUAUUCAUGGGCGACUAUGUGGACAGAGGCUAUUACUCAGUGGAGACUGUGACGCUUCUUGUGGCAUUAAAGGUGCGUUAUCCAGAACGCAUUACAAUAUUGAGAGGAAACCACGAAAGCCGACAAAUUACCCAAGUAUAUGGCUUUUAUGAUGAAUGUCUACGAAAGUAUGGAAAUGCCAAUGUUUGGAAAUAUUUUACAGAUCUAUUUGAUUAUCUUCCACUUACAGCUUUAGUAGAUGGACAGAUAUUCUGCCUCCACGGUGGCCUGUCUCCAUCCAUAGAUACACUGGAUCAUAUAAGAGCUUUGGAUCGUUUACAAGAAGUUCCACAUGAGGGCCCAAUGUGUGAUCUAUUGUGGUCAGAUCCAGAUGAUCGUGGUGGGUGGGGUAUCUCACCACGUGGUGCUGGCUACACAUUUGGACAGGACAUUUCUGAAACAUUUAACCAUGCCAAUGGUCUCACACUGGUUUCUCGAGCUCACCAACUUGUAAUGGAGGGAUACAAUUGGUGUCAUGAUCGGAAUGUGGUUACCAUUUUCAGUGCACCCAAUUACUGUUACCGUUGUGGGAACCAGGCUGCUAUCAUGGAAUUAGAUGACACUUUAAAAUACUCCUUCCUUCAGUUUGACCCAGCACCUCGUCGUGGAGAGCCUCAUGUUACCCGGCGCACCCCAGACUACUUCCUGUAAAUUCCUCCUGGGAAAGCCCUGCCUUUGUAUGUGGAAGUAUACCUGGCUUUUUAAAAUAUAUAUAUUUAAAAACAAAACAAAAAAAGCAACAGUAAUGUAUGUGUUUCUGUAACAAAUUGGGAUCUGUCUUGGCAUUAAACCAUAUCAUGGACCAAAAUGUGCCAUAUUAAUGAUGAGCAUUUAGCACAAUUUGAGACUGAAAUUUAG